UGUUGCCGUGGGAACCAGGAAACACAUGGCGGCAGCUAGCUAGUGAGGCAUUGAUAUCUAUGUUUUAGGCAAGCAGAACAGCCGCGUAAGCUUAUUAGAGGAGACAGGCGUAUAUAAUAGACUGUGUGGUAGAAUGGGUUGUGGAGCUUCUAAAGCAGCGAAAGUAUUGGAAGAAGAGAUAAAUAUACUGGAUCACCCAGCCAGGAGAAGCUGUGAGGACCAUGAGACUGAGACUGGUGUACUGAGAAGAGGAAAGGAGGGGAAAGGGGAGGCAGGAGAAGGUCUGGAUCCCGUUUAUUCUGACCAGAGUGAAAUUGAGAGAGCAGUCAAGAAUGCCACUUCUCCAUCAUCCAGUACGACAACGCCCUCUUUCUCAUCAGCAGUGGCAGGUUCCAGUCCACCAUCUGCAACUCAAACCGUCCCUCCUUCUGUCUCUGCACCACUGGUGUUUGAGGUGUGUAUGAGUCCUGAUGACAGACUGGAGGCCAGAGUCCCCAUCCCUGCCAGACUCAAGAAGCUGGAGAGUGCUCCAAUGGUGACGAAAGAGAUGCUGGAGAUGAAACAACACCUAGUCGCCGAGAGAAAGAAAGAGGAAAUAGAGAAGAGGCUGGAGAGGUCAAGGAUGUCAAAGAAGGACAGACUCAGGAAGGAGAUCAUGGCUGCAAGGGAAUUGAACCCAUCGGAGUCAGAGAAAGAGGUUGUCUUGACCGAGAGCCUUGGCUAUUCCAGGCUUAGGGAAGAAGAGGGAGGAGGAGGAGGACGAUCAGAAAGAAGAGAAGAGGGAAAGAGAGGGGAGAGAGGGAGCUACAACACCAGUGCACUGAUGGAGGGAGACACCAAGUACAAUAAGGAGCAAGAAGGAGAAUUCUGGGAGGAGCCAUCAGCCGGUCAGGUGGAGGACACCACACCAGACACACAGACCUCUGCCAGUCAGGAGAACUCCACCAGCAACCUCGAGCAGUUCAUGUAGCAACAGACUAUCUAGUCCACUUCCAAUCUUGUCUUUCUCUCAUUAUACAACCCCAUGCCCCUCUAUCCCCCAACCAUCUCCUCUAUGUAUGUGUGUCAUUUUGUCAUUCCUUGGCCGCCGGCCGGGUUUAUUAUAUACUGCAUUCUA